UGCGGAUGAGCUUCCAGUGCGCGAUCAGCCCUCAGACGGGGCAGCACAGUGGAGCGGGCUGGACGCGGGAGAGCCACAGAAGAAGGCAAACAAAGACCCCUGUCUUGGGGGCGGGGGGGCCGGGAGACAGUCCCACCGUGAAAAGGAGGGACGGUCAUCCACCACCCUUCGGGGAGACAUUUUCACAGGAGACGGAGCCUUUACUCAUAUAGACACCACACACAGGCAAAACACACACCGUCAUACUUACUGUUAAUUCCAGGCCGCUGUUGGGUUAUACCAGGGAGUGCCAAAAGUAAUGGAGGGUGAGGGGCAUUGUUGAAGAGGCCAGGAGUCGAGCCCCCCCCUCGCCCACAUCUUGAGGGGGGAGGGAGGGAGUGAAGGAGUGAGGGAGGGAGGGGGGUGAGAAAGCCAGAAAGCAGCGGAUCCCUUUCCACACGCCUUUGUGCGUUCCUCCACCUGUUUCCUGCAAGCUUGUUCCCCGUUUGCCCUCCGUCAUCCACGCUCCCGAAAUAGCUUCCCUCUCGCGCCACCGUGUGCUUCGUUUCCGCAGCCUCUUUGUGGGGGCGACUGGGAAAGCAGAGUAAUUCGUCGCGCCCGCCCGCCCGCCCUUCAGUGGCAGCUCAACAGAUGGAAUCCACGGAGGAAUCGUGCAACUGCGAGAGGCGCCCCUUGGACUUCGGUCCGGCUGUCGGACGACUUUCCCGCCCUUUUUAAGACUCCGCAUUGCACCCGCUUUUGCCGGGAUGAACCACUUGUGUUUUUCCUGCGGGUCGACUGCUUUGUGGUGAACAGCAAGCCACGACAAGAACCUCCGGUGCGACCUCGGACCAGGACGGGACUAGGAUUAGGACCGGGAUCAUGUCGUGGAAGAGGAAUUACUUUGCGUCAGGCAGCAGCGGGCUGCAGUCGAUGUACACGCCCCGCACCAUGACGUCCAUCGCGCCCAGCAAAGGGCUCAGCAACGAGCCGGGUCAGAACAGCUGCUUCCUCAACAGUGCCCUGCAGGUCCUCUGGCACCUGGACAUAUUCCGCCGGAGCUUCCGCCAGUUGACCACACACAAGUGCAUGGAGGACUCCUGCAUCUUCUGCGCUCUCAAGAGCAUCUUCGCGCAGUUCCAGUUCAGCAGCGAGAAGGUGCUGCCCUCGGACGCCCUGCGCAGCGCCCUGGCGAAGACCUUCCAGGACGAGCAGCGCUUCCAGCUGGGCAUCAUGGACGACGCGGCCGAGUGCUUUGAGAACCUCCUGAUGCGGAUCCACUUUCACAUCUCAGAUGAGACCAAGGAGGACAUCUGCACGGCCAAGCACUGCAUCCCCCACCAAAAGUUUGCCAUGACGCUCUUUGAACAGUGUGUGUGUAACAGCUGUGGAGCCACCUCAGAUCCUCUACCCUUCAUCCAGAUGGUCCACUACAUCUCCACUACGUCUCUCUGUAACCAAGCAGUGCGAAUGCUGGAGUGCAGAGAGAAACCGACUCCGGACAUGUUCGGAGAGCUGCUCCGCAAUGCCAGCACCAUGGGGGACCUGCGCAACUGUCCCGCCAAUUGUGGGGAGAUGUUGAGAAUCCGGCGGGUACUGAUGAACUGCCCGGAGAUAAUCACUAUUGGCUUGGUGUGGGACUCGGACCACUCUGACCUCGCCGAGGACGUCAUCCACAGUCUUGGCACCUGCCUUCGCCUGGGUGAUCUCUUCUACCGUGUGACAGAUGACAGGGCCAAGCAGUCCGAACUCUACUUAGUUGGUAUGGUCUGCUACUAUGGCAAGCACUACUCCACCUUCUUCUUCCAAACUAAGAUCCGCAAGUGGAUGUACUUUGAUGAUGCACACGUAAAAGAGAUUGGGCCCAAAUGGAAGGAUGUGGUGUCCCGCUGUAUAAAGAGUCAUUACCAGCCUUUGCUGCUGCUCUAUGCCGAUCCCCGGGGGACUCCUGUCUCAGCCCAAGACCUCCCUUCGCAGCUAGACCUCCAUCACUGCACCAAGGCUGGAUAUGAUAGCGAAGACUCUGGUCGGGAGCCGUCUAUCUCCAGCGACACCCGUACCGACUCUUCAACGGACAGCUGCUCCCACAGGCACUCUCGUUCAUAUCAUGAGUCCAUGGCCAGUCGCUUCUCAUCUGACUCUCAGGGCACGGUCAUUUUUAACCCUGACAAUGACACGAGCUCCCAGUACAGCGGUGAUAUGGGAGGAGAGACUCUGAAGGACCCACCAGGCCCCCGCACCCUACCGAGGCCAUGCGGCAGCCGGCUGAAGGACUUCAAGGAGACAAUGGGUGGCAUGAUCCACAGUCGGCCCCUCUCGUCAUCCUCCAGCUCAGGAGUUGGCAGUCUGGAGCCAGGAGCUCGAGUUCGUGACUGGGAGAAUGAGAGCACCAGCAGUGAGUCUAAGUCAAGCUCCUCUGGGGGACGUUAUCGGCCAACGUGGAAGCCAAGACGCGAGGCCCUGAACAUUGACAGCAUCUUCAGCAGAGAGCGACGGCGGCAUGUCGGAUUUACCCCACUUGGGGCCUCGCCGCUCCUGGAAGAUAGCGGAGGCACACAGGGUGAGGGGGGACUUGGGGUGUUGGGGUCCACUGGGACAGUAAUGGGAGCUCCAGCAUCUGUAGCAGCAAGCAAGAUGGAGCGACUGGCUCCACCUCCACCUCCUCCUCUGCCACAACACAGCCUGGACCACCAACCUGGACCACGUCUGAUCCAGAGGAUGGAGAGCGGCUAUGAGAGCAGUGAGAGGAACAGCAACAGCCCAGUGAGCAUGGACAUGCCUCUCAGCGAGGGGCCCAGCGCUAGCUCACACAGGGACACGGGGAUAAAGAAGCCCUUGACCUCUGGCCCAUCCUGGCGCAGCGUGCCCAAGUCCAAGAGCAGCGGCGCCAUCUUGCAGGACCAUAAGUCAUUGUCCUGGAGCAGCAGUCACAUUAGCCUUGCAGGGGAGGGCCGCAGUGAACUGGAUGAGCUGCAGGAGGAGGUGGCCCGCCGGGCCAGGCAGCAGGAGCUACAAAGAAAGAGAGAACGGGAGAGGGAGGCCGCCAUGGGCUUCAACCCCAGACCCAGCAAGUUUGUGGACCUGGAUGAGCUGCAGCACCAGGGGAAGGGUGGAGGCUUUGAGCGGUCCCUCGCCGAGGCAGACUCGCUGUUAGAGCGGUCCCUACGGCUAGAGCAGGGUGGGGACGUGGCCGCGGCGCUGUCUGUCUGCCACCAAGCUGUAUCUAAACUAAGACUUACCAUGCAUGAGGGCAGUGCUAACACUCAUAGCAGGACAAUGGCUGCCGAUAAGAAGCUGCAAAAGUGCAUGAGGAGAGCUCGGGGCCUACAGCAGCGCAUGCAGCCGCGGGAACAGGAGCAGACGGAACCCCAGGGGCCUCCCAGUGAACAGCCUGGCCCGGUCCAAAUACUGCUGACAAUGCAUCAUGAAGAGGACUGGGAUGCAGAGCAAGAUGCGGCUCUUGGCCCGCCCUCUCCUCUCUCUGUUCAACCCUUUUCCCCUGCUAGAAACCCACUUCCUGACCCACUGAGCCACCCAUCGCCGUGCUCCCCCCAACCGGUGGGGCCGUCACAGAGCCAGGGCCCAGCUGGGGACAGCCUUGAGUGUCGGCCUGCUCCUCCAGACUUGGCAGAACAGGAGAUGAGAGGAGAAGGACAAGAGCAGCUAAACUGCCUGGAUGGAUCUGAGAUCUCCAGUAUCAACCAGACCUCAGGGCCACAAGUGAGGCCCAUCCACCAACACCGCACCAUCUCCUUACCAAUGCUGCCCCUGGAGUGCUGGAGGACUCCUGGAAGCAGUUGGGAGGUGUGCACCCAGCAGUCCCAGUCACAGCCCUUGCCUGCUGCCCCAGCUCUGCCUUACCAAGGUUGCACUGAAAUCCCUGACCAGAGUAAACCUCAAAGAGUUGGGGCCCAAAUACAAAAAGCAGGGUCUCCUGUAGAGUCAACUGCUGAGAAGCCAGGACUUGAACAUCCCAGGUCUCCCAUUCAACAACCAACCCCUCCUCAACUAUGCUUGCCUAAAAAUUCUUAUCUCAUCCACCAGCCACAAGUCCUGCCCAGCACUAUCCGCCACCGGUCAUCCUGGAGCCUGGACAGACCAGACUCUGUUGUUGUGACUUUUUGCACACCACCAGACCUCCAGUGUUGUUCCACCUCCAGCAUGCCAGGACUGCCUCCCUCCUCUCAGAAAGCGGUUGAGCCAGCAAAGACUCCUCCUGUUCAAGGGGAGCAAAGGGCUGAGAACACCAAAGUCCGCAGUAACUUCCAGCCUACAUGGCGGGAAGUUGUUGAUGAUCCAGACAAGGAGCUCUCUGAGCUUUUCCAGACCAGCCUACAGGAUCCCACAAGCUCUCCACAGACCGGAUACAGCAGCUGUUCACCAGCUGGAAGCAAAUCAGUUCCAGCAACUAAUCGAAAGCGACUGUCUGGGAUGGUCACAGCUGGCCGCUCCAAGACCCCCACAGCAGAGAUAGAGAGGAGUGUGUACCAGACACCAAACUGUGGCAGCCCCCUUGUCUACCCUCACAGACUCUUGGCCAUCUCUGCCUGUGAGCUACAACACAGGGGGUCAUACAGUGUGGAAAAUCUGGGACAAGGGAGUGAAGAGUGGCAUGCUGCAGAGGACGUGGCACAUAGAGAGGAGGAGUCUUACAGCGUGGAGAACAUGCGCCGCGUUGCCCGCAGCCUCAGCAGCACUGUGAUUGGAAGACAUCCCGAGAGUCUGGUUGUUUCCCGCAGUUUUCAGGAGAUCCCUAGGAGGUCUAAAAGUUUUUGGCUGUGCUUGACUGGGGUGAAACUCUCUCCAGGGAAGACCACUGCUGUGUUGCACUGAGCUCCAGGCUGUGCAAAGGGUAACUCCAGGGGUCCAAUCUUACCACAUGUUGUCUGAACUCAUAGAAUCUGUCAGUUCCAUCACACCAGAACUGUCUGGAUGGGAAAGACAGUAACAGGCAGGCAUGCUGCUUUGACUUCAGUCCAUCUCCUAGGCAUUAUGAGCAGUACCCAAUCACUCAGAGAGGAGAAACAGUGGCUAACUUGCAACUCGUCCUGGUGCUCCCCACCUCCGCCACCAGCAGCUCGUCUGAGGCCAGGCCAGCAUUGUUUUGGCCCCUCCCAGUCAUAUUAUGUGUGCCAAUAGAUGUCCUUGGGACCCUUUCAAAAUUACUGCUAAUCAAGAAAUGUUUUGGACUCGGUUUGGCCCCACUGGCUGAAGGCUCUUCAAUUGUGCCGGCGCACCGAGCCCCAUUACAAUACCCUUCCACCUCUUUGGUUAGAGGGGAAAUGAAGAAGACUGCUGCUGGGGAGAGGCUGUGGAUCCUGACCAUUCGGUCCAAUGGGGCAAAUCUUAUCUGUGGGGAAACUGGGCAGGAUGUUUCUUUACCCAGGUGAUGUCACACCCAAUGUUACCCUAAUUUGCAUGGUAUUGGGUGGAGAAUGUUGCACAUGUAAGGAAGAAUCCGAUGCUGCCGAUAUGAAUCUCGGCACCUUCCCUUUGUCUAGAGUCUGACGAGCGGAGGAGUCUAUGCGUAAAGUGCUCAAAUGCCACCUCUGGCAUUAAUUCCAUAUCAAAAGCCAAAAUGGUAGCCUGUCCAUCUCAUAACUAUUUUAACUACUUUUAAUGUAUUUUUUUAAAACUUACGACACAUACUUGUUAGUGUUUUAAAUUAAAAGAACAGCAUGAGAAGCUGAGAGGAGCAUGAAAAAACAGCAGCAGUUGUUACAUUUUACUAAGGGGCCCUGCUGUUGUACCAUUGAGAAAGGUAUUAAACGCAGGUAGAAAUAUAAACUUUAUAAAUGAGUAAAAUAAACUUAGCAUUUUAAGUGACUUUCCAUGAAAGAUUCUACUAUGUACUAAAUAAUUACAUUUCAUAUUUUAAAGAUUACAGUGAAAAUUUCAGUUAAAUCUAAUCAGGUCAUUCAGUAUAAAUCAGGAAAGUGUAGAACAUUAUCUGAAAAAACAACAUUUUUAUGUCACAAAUGCAAAAUAUAAUCUGUGUAUUUUAGAUAUAUAUAUAUAUGGGAUUUGUUAAAAAAUUUAAAUUAAAAAUAGCUAGUAUGUAAUAAAUGAUGCUGAGAUUUCAGUUGUUCAAAUUUAUUAAAAAAAUUACAGCACCUUAUCUUUGAUAUAAUCCUAAAUGUAUAGAAAUAAUGCAUAUUACAAUAGUGAUUCACAGACUAAUGGCCACCUCUAACACUUCUCCAGUUUGAAUGGUAAGGUGACCUUGCUACGGUCUCCACUGUACAGCUACAGUUGUCAUGGUCCAUCAUUGUCUACAACGCAUAUCUUCAAGUGUAGCUCUUCUUCUACCUUAAAACGGCAGGUUUUCAUGCUGUCAGAAGCUCAUAAGGUGUAGCCAAGAAACCUAGAGUUCAGCAGUGUAAGAGAUACUGUGAGAUGUUCUUAACCUUAGUGCUGAAAGAAAAUGUCUUUCUUGUUAUAAGCGGAAGUCAGACUCCUUUGCAUUUUUAUGGGAUCAAGGGAAGAGCUUAUUCAGUUGCCAUCUGGUUCAUUCCUAUUCCCUAUAACAUCAGCCUGCUGGUACCACUUCAUAAAUACCUUUGUGAAGGGCUCAUAAAGGAAAGCAGUGGACAGUUGUGGCCCUCAAGGACAACAGGUGUGCUUUUCAAUCUCAGUGAUCAGUGGUCAUCAUUUUUAUCCACCCCACUUUGUACUUUUGCAGGAGGUUGACCACUAAAUUAAAUGUUAACUAAAAGCUGCAAAACUGGGAUUUCACACCUCUGAUCUAAGAGAUUACAGUAUCUUUAUAGCCAUUUAAGGGCACAUGCCUUUGCUGAUCAUAAGAGGGCUUUGCAAAUCCAAGCAUGCAUUAAUUCCCAGAUUAGUUACAGUCAGUCAUAUAAAUGCAUAGCAACUUAUAGCCAGAAACCAGAGGGGCAAAGGGAGAAAACAUGGAACUCAAAUCUGUAAGCAAAUCUGCUUUAUAAGAAUGUGCUAGAAUUAAGUGAAAAGGCACUGGCUGACUGAAGAGCAUCAAGACGGGCAUAUUAUCCCUGAGUAGAAUGCACCAGAACACCAUGAUGAUGGAAUUAGGACAGGAAGUGAAGGAAUGAGGUAUCAGUCAGUAUUCUCAUUAAAAAGUUAAAAAAUAAAUAUGAGAUGGUAAUACAGGUUGAAAUUUUUUUGUAAUUCAUGGUAGUACCUCACAAUUCAAUUCUAACACUGAUCUGACAAACUUGGAUGUGAUUUUAAUUUUUUUUUUUGGAUAUUAAAAUUCCAACUACACAUUUAUUAUCCUUUUCAUUCAUAUGAAGUGUUCAACUAUAAGUAAUGGAAAUGAUCAAAAUGUUCUGUGUAACCUACCAUGAUUUUGUAGAUCUUAAGAUCUCCCAUUCUUAUUAGUCUGACAUGCUUAACCUCUGUAAGAGGGGAUUAAAUUAGAGUUCACUUGGCUUUUGUUUCCGUGACAAUUUUUACCUGUAACAAGAUUAGCCUAACUGCAAACUGGCAUUAGAGUUUGCAUAGAAAUAUUUUAGAAAAAAACGAUGCGCAAAUACUACAAUGAGUAGAAUGACAAUGCAGAAUAACAGUAUUUAAACAAAGCAUCAUGUGAUGCAUUAAAUGCACUUCAGAAGUGUAACUUCGCCCUGAAACAGGAAUUAAAAAAAAAAAAAAUCCUUUGAAAGUAUUAUGUCAGUUAUUCAGGGACAUACAAUUUUAUUCAUUCAUGUCACAAGUCGAAGUUGAAGAAGACGUCAACUUUUCUGCAAGCUGCAGGAAAGAAACAGGCUAAAAUCUUAAGUCAUACCAUAAAUGUGGAUGCUUAAAUUUAAAAUUACCUCAGCGAAACUCUCAAAAUUAAGGUUUAAAUCCAGAGACCCCCGGAUUCCUCUUACACAUGAUUAAUGAUCUUUACCACUCUGAGUAAAUUCCGUCGAAUUGCAAAAUUAACAUGACGCCCGCAGCCGCCUUUUUUUUAAAAAAAAAAAAAAAAAA